UUUGACUUGUUGUCAUGGUGGAAGAGAGGCGACGGACCCCGAGUAACCCUCCACGCCCUCCACGGCAACCAUCACCUGGCAACCGCAGCAUGAACAGCGGCGCUUCCAUCGGAAGCUGGCAGCAUGUCUCCGACUCCGCAAGCAGCAUCGACGAACCAUCAUCCCAACGACACUGGCGCGACGCGCUCGCUACCAAUCGUCCCCGACUACGCAAUGAUGUUUGUAUUCAACGAUGGAGCCAUCACCCAGCCCCCUCACGUAUUGGAGUUGUGGAUCGAUGCUAAGUGCAACCACCUUCGCUCCAUGAAACAGCGGGGAGCGUCUCAAGCGGCCAUCUUGCAGGAAGUCCAAGUGCUGCUUGCAUGGACGCGCCAUUUACGAAGGCAACGAAGCAAUAUUGCAUGACAUAACGUUAUACAACAUUAUCUCGUCGCGACCA